AUAAGAAACGUCCAGAUUUAAAUGCCCCACACAUUAUACCAUCUCAUCCCGCCAACAACUCGCCUCUUCGCUAAAGCCUAACGAAAAAAACAUCCGAAAUGGCUGCCAAGAUGUUCUUCGUGAUUCUUGCUUUGGCCGUGCUGACCGCCUUCGUCAUGGCCAGCGAAGAAGAUGAAGACUUUGCUGAUCAUGAAGCUUUGUACGAGAUGGUGAAGAGAGGAAGAAAGGGCAGGAAGGGUGCCAGGGGCAAUCCUUUCUUCAACUGUGAAGACGAGUUCGGUAACCCCGGUUGCGUCUGCGACAGAAGGAAGGGUGGAGUCGCCGUCACCUGCGGCUAAGUACAUGCACUACCCCGGCCCGGAUCUGCUCACAUCUGGCCUAGUCAGAUACCACCGCAGGAUGUUCCGAAGCUACCGUAAACUCGGUCGAAUGUAUUUUUAAGACCAAAGAUUUUGUUUAACCUUACAACAAGGCAACUAGCCUAUGUCCUAUUAUUGUAUUUAAAAAAAAAGGAUAAAUUAUCAUGAAUACUCAUGUCGUAAACAAGAUGAAAUUGUACUGAGUGUCAUUUGGCAAGUUCUAAAUAACUUCAGUUUGCCGUAAUAGAGUUUUGUUCAUUUUUCAAGACAAUUAUUACCAAUUUGUAAAGUCCCAGGUAUACACCAAAGAAGAGGGGGGUUUUGUGUGCAAGUUAUAACGGCUGUAUGAGCAUUUGCAAUGAGCAGUUGCAACCUAUUUCAUGAUAGGCCUUACAUCGUGAGCUGUCGUACGCCUGUGAAAUUUUAUACUGUCCCUCGACUUUCCGUCUUUAUCGGAUGUUCUCCUUUAGCAAACAUAUCAUGAAUGUACCAAAGCUUAAAUCGAUUUGACAUAAGUCAUUUAUCUUGAAAUAAAGCCGUUUAUUAGUGUCGGCAGCAAUAUAAAGCGAA